AUGAAAUCGCUCGAGUCCUUCUUCGGCAUCGGUAACUUGACCUCGACCCGUCUCCUUGCCCGCUUCCAUAUCCACCCAACAUGCAAGGUUGGCGACUUGGCGAACAAGCAGGUCCUCGACAUCACGGCCGCCUUGUCCGACAUGAAGAUUGAGAACGAUCUCCGCAGACAGUACCUCGAUAACAUCAAGCGUUUGAAGGAGACAGGAACCUACCGUGGUCGGCGUCAUGCGCUCGGCUUGCCCGUUCGGGGACAGCGGACGAGGAGCCAGAUCAAAACUGCUGUCAAGCUCAACCGUAUGGAGAGAAGACUGUGA